AUGGCGCCUCGAGUGACCGGCUCUGCGUUCGACGGCAGGUGGGAUGGGGCAAAGUCGUUAUACCUCCUGCCGCCGCUCGUGGGCCUUCCCUUGCCUGAUAUGCGGGCAAAUGGAUACGGAGCACGAAAUGCAGGGAAUUCAACUUACUACAGGCUCAUUGUUGUCCAUGCUGUCUUCGCAUGUUUGGCAUUCCUAUUGUUUAUGCCCGCGGCAAUCGUCUGCACAAGGUACCUGAUCCACGGAAGGAACCCGAGGACUGCUAUGUAUGGGCAUAUUGGUUCCAACACUGCGAGUAUCAUAUGUUUGACUAUCACUUUUGCCGCUGGGUUUUCCGCUGUUGGAAGGGAGAACUGGGGUACCAAUCCACACCAUAUCAUUGGCGCAACACUGUAUGUUGGGGUACUCUUCCAGGCUUUAUUCGGCGCAUUCGUCCGUUGGCGCAAUUCUACCAAAAUCCGAAAACGAAUUGCGCUUCACACUAUGCUGCACCAAUGGUUCGGCCGCUGCCUUCUAUUUCUCGGAUUGGCGCAGAUUCCUUUGGGAUUCUACCUCUACGGAUCGCCCCUCGUAUUGUUUAUUCUCUAUGGCAUCUUCAUGGCCUUGUUCGUGCUUGUCUGGUUCAUUCUUGACUAUCUUAGCGCCCGCGACUAUUUCCACAAUGGUUACCACAGUCCCAGCAAUGAGAGGCCGCCGCGCGAGAUGUCGGAAACAGGAGCUCAAUCAAGAGUCCAUUCAAGAGUUCAAUCAGGGAUUACCCCACAUGCAAGUGAGCUUGGGGAAGUCUCUAGGUUCGAUGAGCCUAUGCAGACGCCGAGGCGUGGAAGGUUCAGCCUGUUUUCAAAUGUGUUCAAAAAGCGCGAAUCGGGGAUGAACAGAGAAAGUGAACAAAUGGUCAUUGACGAUCGCGGAACGUCCUUUGACACCAGCAGAGCUCCCAGCACUAGCCUUGUCGCAGGAGGCCUUGGUGCCCCUCCGGGCAGACAGCCAAUACCUCCCGUCCCGAAUGUACCGCAAGCUCACCUUGUAAAUCCUAACAACCAAGCCAAUCUACACCGCGAUAAUAACGAUCAAUAUGCCCCUCAACGAGAAGAAUAUGGACGAGGAUAUCGGGAUAGCACUACACUCGGCCAUGGAGCCCAUCUACCACCCCCACAGCAACAGCAGCACAUCUCUAUGCCUGAAUCUCCUUACUCUUCCCAGACAACUAGCGGUAUCAACAGUUCUGAACCUGUAUCUGAAGUUAGUGCGCUUUCUUCAGGUCGCAGAUUUCCAUAUGCCCCCGUCAACGCCCAGUACGAGCGCAUAGGCAAUGAAUAUGAGGAGAUGCCAAAUUCUCCAGUUAACACAUCCGAUGUCAGCGCGCUCUCUGCGGCUGGAAACAGGAGGUACCCUGUACUCAACACCCAAUACGAACCUAUUGGCCGCGAGUAUGAAGAGAUGCCACCUUCUCCAAUGGGGUACAUGGAAGUUGAUGACGGGUUUGCUCGUCCUCUCCAGGGAGGCGCUGUUGAACCGCCUAUGGUACCGCUUCCCAUGCCGCCAGAACCCCCACGCCGACCAAGCCAUAGUCGCGGAAACAGCCGUGGUAAUGGUAGUCGUGGAAGGACCAGUGAGGACGUUGUCCGUCUGCCUAUUUCCCACAGCAAUGAGUUCUUGACUCUCGAUAGAAGAGAGGCAACACCGGGAUUCGAGACAAUCCGACUAUCAAAAGGAAACCCCAACGUCAGUGUCCAAGUUCGUGUCAACCCCGAUGGGAAAUCAGUUACUGUGCGCCGAAUCCCCACCGAGGAAGCCGAACGUGACCGUAGGGAGCGAGCAAGGCAGCGGGCGGAGCGUGCGCAGCAGCGGGAAAGGAGUAUGGACAUUGAGCGACAAAAUCGCAGAUCUGGAUCUGCGAAUCGGGGCCGUCGAUCCUCUUCUGUAGAAAGACCCGAUACACAGCACGGCAGCAGCGUCCUUGGAGCGGAUUCAAACAUCUCCAGUGCCAUUGCAGGGCACAGCGGUGGCCUCCUCGGUGGCUCCUCGGCAGUUCCAUCACCGCCCUCGCGACAUCCACAACCGCAGUAUGUGCCGUCAAUACCAGAACCGCCAAGAGCAGUGGUGCAGACACCUAUAAAUCAGGGCGUUCCGCUACCGGGGUGGACUGGCCUUGGGGGUGGUAUAUCCCCCAGCCAACAGGGAAGCGUAGUUAGUGCCACGGGAACAGAGGCAAACUCAGAGUUAGAGCAGGAGAUGGCGAAAGAUUAUCGGAGAAAGAAGAGACGUGAAGAGAGAAGUGGAGUGGCGCCAAACUCGCAAGUCGCCAGUGGGCCAGGGAGUACACUGAUGAGUAGCAGUAUCGGCUACGGCGAUGACGCUGAGGAUGGCGGCGUCCAAUGGACAUGA